AUGGCCCAGGCAUUCAAGCGAUUCAUGCCUUUGGCAGAUCGCAUCUUGGUACAGAAGCUCAAGGCGGAAGCCAAGUCUGCUGGUGGAAUUUUGCUGCCUGACUCCGCCAAACAGGAGAUGAAUCAGGCAAAGGUUUUGGCUGUCGGACUCGGGCGAAGAAAUCAGCAGGGCGAGAUCAUCCCGAUGCAGACCAAGGUUGGAGACAUCGUGGUUAUCCCUCGAUACGGGGGAACUGAGAUCAAGCUGGAUGAAGAAGAGUACCAGAUUUACCGGGACGAGGACAUCGUUGGCGUCAUCAAGGAGGAGUGA